AUGAAGUUCUUCUCCGUCCUUCUUCUCACCGUCGUUACGGCGGUGGCUGCUGCUCCUGCAUCCAGCCCUAUCCAGAGACGAGAUGUCAGUGGAGUGGUAGGGGAGAUUUGCAAUGGAAGUGUCGGGUCUUGCGCCAGUGAUAUUUCGGGAUCCAGCGCCCCAUUUAAACGUGCCCCUCAGGAUGAUAGGGAUACUCUUGCUGUAGCGCCGGCAAAAACACGGGGGAGCGGGGGCAAGGUGAAGGGAGGAAAUGCUACGAAGCGCUCCCCGCAGGAGGAGGACGAAGAAGAGGAAGAUGAGGGGCAAGGGAAGUCGAAGGGGAAAGGAAAGGGAAAGGGGAAAGGAAAGGGCGGGAAGGGGAAGGGUGGGAAGGGAAAACCAAAGGGUAGCGAGGACUGA